AACAUGGCGGCGAUGGCAUGAUAUGGAGAGAUGGUUUUGGCACUUUUUCCUCUAAAUCCAAUGAUUUUUAUUUGAUUUUUAUUUUUAUUACUGAUGUAUGUUCGAUAAGAGGAUAUGCUUGUGUGAAUAAAUCUACUGAAGCUGAGACUAGAUAAAAGCCACACACACACACACACACACACACAGUUAAAGGAGCUAGCUAGCAGGCUUAGCAGAAGAGUUUGUGAAAAGCAGAGAUUGGAAAGCGUGUCAUGGAAAGACGAUGGAUUAAUUGCUGUGAUAUUAAUUUUUGAGUGGAAAUGAACGGAAUUAGAUGCUCAUGAUGACUUCUCGGUUUAGGUUCAGGUUUUCAGGAGGAAAAAGGAGGAUGCUGCAGGGUUGUUUACUGUCAUGAGAGGAGAUAUAACGCAUGCCGUCCAAAUGUCGGAGUGGAAACGCAUUUUCGAUGAAAACCGAGUGAUUCCUCCUCCUAACCAAACAGCCCGCUUAGCACAGGGCCCGAGCCAGGCUUUCCAGCUCGUGCUCGAACGACUGGACGGCCUUCACUUAAACCAGGCUGAGGAGGUGAGAUCGUACAGGUUCGAGCUGCGUGUCUCUCUGUUUGACAACAAUCUUCAUCGUUUCUUUGGAAGGACAUGGAAGAGUGAACCACAUCAGGCCACUAAGCGAAAUCAGGAGCAACCCAGCAAAGUGCAUUUUAAUGAGGUUGUAUACUUCCACACGUCUCUGUGUUUGGCCUCAGUGGUGGCUGUUGUGGAGCUGGUUUCUCUCUCUCCUGGGACAGACACUUCCCAGAAUGCAGUGGGGCAGGGCUUUGGCAUCUUGCAGCUCUUCUCUGGACAAGCGGAGGGAGAGGGCAGGUUGACUCUGUUCCAUGGUACUCCUCGAGCUCUGCUACACCCAACACUGAGGGACCCACUGCAGAGAGACGCUCUGCAGAGACCUCGGCUGCUCCCGGCAUUCUCAUGUGUGCUGGAGAGGGUGUGUGUGUCCCUCGCUCCCUCCGUACAGGCCUUCGAGGCAGACUUGCUAGAGAGGCUGAACAAUGAUCGCAACAACACGGGAAUGGGUGCGGAGGUGCGGUCAGUGGUGGUGCAGGAGCGAAGGCUGCACGUUGGUGUCCAUAAUGGCCUGGGCUGGGUGGAUGGACCUCAGGUAAUGGUGCUAGAGCCCAGGGCUGGGGGAAGCGGUGGCCUCAAACAGAGUUCUACAGAGACAAACAGCUCUGCCCUGAUGCUACGUGGUAACGUGGAGCUGAGAAUGAUAAGGCACCCAGCCUUCAGCUUGCUCUUCCAGCUGGAGUACGUCUUCUCCGUUCCCCUUGCCGGAGAUGGGAAGAUGCCCUCCAUGGCCGUGCAGAGAGCGGUGUUUAUGCAGUGUGUGCGCUGGGGCGUAUGGAGUCCUUUCUCUGAUCCUGAUGGCCCGUAUGAAAGUGUGUGUGUUAGCCUGCAGGGUGGAGCCCUACCCAACCCGUAUGGAGUUAUGGUUUACACAGCACACACACAUCAGACUGAUGCGGAAAGAAGCGUUAUCAAAUUCAAGUUUAUCUACAACACAGAAGGCACCACUUCCACUGCGACGCCAAAAUCAAUUUCCCAGGAAAAGCCUCAGCCUAAGAAGUGGCAUGUCACAUCCCAAGAUGAAAGCAAGCUUGGACUUGAAGCUUCACCACUGCGCACCACCCGUGGUCCUGGACUCUCACUCUCUCAGCUGGCUGUGGCUUCUCACUACCCAACUCUGAGCCACACGACGGGGUCGCCAUGGCAACAGCAGCUUCCCGCUCCACUCGCUCUCUCCCCGAUGGCGUCGGCCCACCAGCUGUCACACGUCGUACAUCCUGCUGUAGGCAUAGCACACCUAGAAGUCAGUGCGAUGGAGAGAGAGGGAAUGAGGGAUGCCCCAGAGGAAGAGUGUGAUCUACACGAACUGACCUUCACCCCUGUCCAUGCUCCUGUCAUCACGCUGGGAACACACACAACCAGCUCCAGCAGGACGGGUUCUCGAGGAUUCCUCGCUCAUCUCUUCUCCUCCCGCUUCCCUGAAAUCCGUGAUGACCUCAACCAAGUGGCUGAGCUUCUCGAUCCUGAUGAGCCUGUGAACUUUGACCCUCACAGAGAAGAGGCAGAUCCACUGCAAGCCAAUACACUCCUCCUUCAGUUCCUGGCUUUUACCAGGGUCCAUCAGGCAGGUGUGAAUAUGGAAUGGCCGAGCACGGUACAUUUUACCUUUCAGCUGUACCGCUUCCCUCCUGUCACCACGCAGCGCCUCAAGCUUGUGGCAUCUGAGGCCAGUUCGAGGCCUGAUUACCCCUGCAUUCUGUUUGUUACCAACAGGGACGGCAGCGUUGGAUCAGGCCCUCCUGGGCUGCAGUUGCAGUACCGUGUCGAUCCUGCCUUCCUAAAGCCUGGCGAGCGUGUAUGGUUCCUCCGCUACCUGGCACUGCACACCCUGCACAUAGACGUGUGGGACAGCGACUCGCUACUGCUCAUCGGCUCUGCUGCUGUUCAGCUGAAGCAUCUGUUGCGUCAGGGUCGAGCCGCUGUGCAGGUGAUUCAUGAGCUGGAGGUCAUUAGCACUGAGUACCUGCAGGAUGCCAGUCUGGCAAGAGAGCAUGCAGGUGGGCAGAGGGCCAUGCCUGCCAUGACUGUCUACACCAUUGUCAAAGGCAGGCUGCAUAUCCGACUGGGAAACAUCGGUGGUGUGGUGCAGAAAAACCCGAACUCGUCUGUUCUUCUCCCUCCAUCUCGCUCUCAUGUCAUUCAGCCCAGCCAGACUCCCACAGGCUUUCAAGGAGGCAGUCUGUCCUCAAACACCAUCCUCAACCUCAACGCACGGAACGCGAGGCGGGCCCAGCGUUUGCCAGAUAUUGAUGGCGAGUUGGCUAGUCUCCUGCAGAGUCGGAUGAGAGAAGUGGAUGGUGCCCGGCUGCAGAGUCGAGGUGAAACAGAGGAAGUGCGUCAGAGGAAGAUUGACAGGAUGGCAGCUGUCCGUCAAUAUGAAGAAAACACCACAUCCAACACACAGGAGAAAGCCAGCUAUAUGAGGAGAAAAGAGGAUCGGGCACAGCACUCUCAGGACCUGCGUUUGAUAGAGGCCUAUCGAGAACGCUGCAAAGUGGAGGGCAUCAUUAACAUGCUGAGCCAAGCCAUCACUACUACGCACACAAUCUAUGCUACACUCGGGACCGCUGAAUUCUUCGAAUUUGUGCUUAAGAACCCUUUCAACAUUCCUCAGACGGUCACCAUUGAGUGUGAAGACCCUGAGCUUAGUGUUAUAGUGAACGCUGAGGAAUGGAGGUAUUUUAAAGACUUGACAAAGACAUGCACUCCGUUGGAGGUGGAGAUGUUUCACAUGAAGGAGGGUAGCUCGACACCUCAGGUGUACUUGCGGCCCAGAGAGAGCAUCCACAUCCCUCUGAAGUACCAAAGCUUUGUCUCUGGGCAUGUCCUGCUUUCUCAGGACUCAAAGACUUCUAACAGUCUACAUUUUGCACACCACCAGCAGUAUAACACAGUGAUGGCUAAAUCUAUCAAGGUGUUUUUCCGAGCAGCGGACAGUCAGCCGCUGGCCAUCUGCCAAGUGCGAGUGGAGCCAACUCCCCACAUAGUCGACCAGACCUUUCGCUUCUAUCAGCCCGAGCUCUCCUUCUUUAAGAAAGCCAUCCGGCUGCCUCCUGCUGAACCCGGCAAACCAGAUGCUUGUUCCAGGCUCCAGGUGCGCUGCAGCGACCCCAAUGUGAUCUGCCACGUCAUCUCCACGGCUCCAGGAGAACCUCAGGACAUUUAUCUGAAAGUGCCUGGGGCUCCCAGUCCACAGAUUAAGACGUUUGUCAUCACUGUGUUCAAUGAUCCCUGGCUGGCCUCUCCUACUCAAACGUGGCAGGUGUACAUGCAUUACCUGCAGAAAAUGGACAUUAGCUGUGUGUGUGGUACGCUCAGCUGGCAUUCCCUGGUACUGCGUGGCACACAGAGCAUCCGCAAGGUCAAGUGCUACACUUCCCACCCUCUGGAGCUGCAGGUGGACCCAGAGGAAGUGUUUGCUCUCCCUGCUCUGGCUGUGCAGGACAUUAGGCUGGGAGUGAAGGCUCUGCACUCCGGGAGCUGCUUCCGCUACCUUAACGUGGUGGAUGUGGACACGAGGCAGCUGGUGGCAUCCUGGCUUCUGUGCCUCACCUGCAGGCAGCCUGUUAUAUCACGGGCGUUUGAGAUCCAAGUGCCUGUAGGGGGUGGGAGAGGCAGCAAUAAGAAGAUCAGCUUCACCAAUCCCUAUCCUUCCAGCAGAGGCUUCAGGCUGUGCUCGGACCAUCCAGACCUACUGCAGUUCAAAGAGGAAAAGUUUCAGAUUGAGGGAGGUGCGAGCUACAACAUCGGGCUGCGUUUUGCUCCCAGUCAGAGUGCCGGUACAGAGGAGAUCCUGGUCUUCAUCAACGACCUGGACGAUAAGAACGAGGAGACGUACUGCAUCAAAGUCGUCUACAGAUAACCCGAACAAACUGGCACAUGAAGCUUCAUCUUCAUCAACGUAACCUUUUUGAACUGAUAAUCUAUUUUGUAAUAAAAGUUCAGUUUUGAUAGAACUGUGAUAGCGCUCUCCUCAAGGCAUUUACAUCUGAUCUUCAACCCAGCUGUAUGUAUGAAUCAAUAUUCAACACAGGAAAACAGAUGAAAGUCAAGCAGAAGGGUGAUUUUUCUUCUUCACACAAAUGCAUAUGGAUGACAUCUUUUGAGAUCUGUGCACGCAUGAAGAUCGUGUACUAAGGAAGAGAUGGAAUAGAAAUCCUCAGCAUAUAUACCCUAAAUAAACGUUGAAAUCUGAAGCUGAA